CGAAGAUCCCCCCAGCUUGUUUGGAAGAGGCCGCGAACGUGAAGUCCACACGAUCCAGCCCCAAAUAAUAUCCAAAGCAAAUCAAACAAGCACCCGCCUUGCAUCGUCGUCGCCACCACCAUUCCACCAAUGGAGCUCUCAUCCCUCCUGCCCUCCCUGUCCCCGCGCCGCGCCCUCCGGCUCUCCUUCUCCACCGCGUCCAAGACGCCCCGGCGGCCGCGGCCGGCCGCCUUCGCCUGCCGCGCGGACGCCUCCCCGGAAGGACCAAUCACCCGGCGAUGGUUCGCCUCGCUAGCCGCCGCCACCGCAGCCGUGGGGAUCAGCGUCGCCGGAGGAGGGGGAGCUGGCGCCGUGUCGACCAGCAGGAGAGUUUUUAGGAGCAGCAAGAUUCCGGAGAGCGACUUCAUCACUCUGCCUAAUGGCAUCAAGUACUAUGACAUCAAAGUAGGAGGUGGGGCUAAAGCAGUUAAGGGAUCGCGCGUCGCAGUACAUUACGUGGCCAAGUGGAAGGGCAUAACAUUCAUGACAAGUAGGCAGGGCCUCGGUGUCACUGGUGGAACGCCGUAUGGGUUUGAUGUUGGCAAUUCUGAAAGAGGCAAUGUUCUAAAAGGAUUGGAUCUCGGGGUUGAGGGAAUGAAAGUUGGAGGCCAGAGGUUGGUUAUUGUUCCUCCUGAGCUAGCUUAUGGAAAAAAGGGCGUUCAAGAAAUUCCUCCUAAUGCAACUAUUGAGCUGGAUGUCGAACUACUAUCGAUCAAACAGAGUCCAUUUGGGAGUCCUGUGAAGAUCGUUGAAGGAUAAUUGUGCAUCGACUUCUGCAGAAAAUGAUGUAUAUUUGAACAUGCUGGAGAGUGUUACUCCAAGAAAGGGGGCUAGAUUAUCAGAUUUCAGUGGUGCUAUCGCGUAAAUAAGUGCACCAUAAUGUAAUAUUUGACUUUGGAGCUGUUUUUUUGCUGGUUGGAGAAUAAGCAAGUUCCCAUAGAUUAUAUAUAUUCAAUUCCUUUUUGCAUUUUUUUUCAGGUACAAUCCCUCUCUAGCUCUCUGUAACACACACACAGUUCGCUCACUUGUAUAGCCUUUGCAGCCUCA